AUGUCUGCCCUUUUGACAACUUUGGGCCUCCGAGCCGCCCCUGGCCAGGUACCCGCGAACCAUGCGUCAGGCUUCCUGGUGGCAAAUUGGGUCUUCGCCUUCUGUUUGAUGAGCACCCGCGGCACAAAAAUGCGUCUGGGUCUCGAUCACAAUGUCAACCCACGCGAAGACUUGAACAACUACGGCGAGGCGGCCGUCCGGUCGGGAAAGAUUAGCCGUCGCGCCCUUGACAAGCUCAAGCGACAGGAGUCGGCGCAUGCCAAUGCCCAGGAGGGUUAUUCCUUGUUUGUUGCGGCGAUCCUCGUCUCCUUGUACGCCGGUCUCCCCAAUGAGACUAUCAAUACCACCAAGAAGUACCAAAAAGUAUCAGUUGAACUCAUUGACCUCGUGAUAAUGAAGUUCCUAGCCAUUGGUACCCUCCUGCUUAGCACAGUUAGUGCUCUUGCGACAGAGCAUAUUAUCAAAGGAGCUCAGAUCAUCCCGGCUAGCGAUAAGUCGGCAUUGAAGAAGAUCGGUGCUCAUGGACAUCACAAGCACCAUGAUCGUCGGACAGUGACAAUUCGGUCCUCCAGGAGUGACACCGACGAUGUUUCGGAAGAUUUCCUUUGGGGUAUCAAGGCUGCCAAUCAUGGUGGAAGACUUCUUUUGAAAAAGGGGAAGAAGUAUGUCAUUGGCAAGAAGCUUGACCUUAGCUUCUUGGAUGAUAUUGAGGUGCAACUCGAGGGUGAAAUUAAGUUCACUGACGAUAUCGACUACUGGCAAGCAAACCACUUCUACUACUCUUUCCAGAAAUCCAUUACUUUCUGGGUUUGGGGUGGUCAGGAUAUCAAGAUUUUCGGAAAGGGUACUCUCAAUGGCAAUGGUCAGGAGUGGUACAAUGCCUUUGCUGGCCGGGAAGUUCUGGACCCUUCCAACACUUUUUACCGUCCCAUUUUAUUUGUGACUGACAACGCUACCCGUGUAUCUGUUGAGGGUAUCACCCAACUCAACUCCCCCUGCUGGACCAACUUCUUCGUCCGUACCAAGGAUGUUUCUUUCGAUGAUGUCUUCAUCAACGCCUAUUCCACCAACAUAUCUGCUUUGCCUAAGAACACCGACGGAUUUGACUCCUACAACGUAGACGGUCUUUCUGUGACGAACACCCGUGUUGAUAUCGGCGAUGAUUGCUUCUCGCCCAAGCCCAACACCACCAACAUCUUCGUGCAGAACUUGUGGUGCAACAAUACCCAUGGUGUCAGCAUGGGAAGUAUUGGACAGUACUCGGGAGUUGAGGACAUCAUUGAGAAUGUCUGGAUUGAGAAUGUGACUCUAUUGAACGGCGAGAAUGGCGUCCGUCUCAAGGCCUGGGCUGGAGAGAAUAUCGGCUUUGGUCGCAUCAACAAUGUCACCUACAAGGAUGUUCACAUCGAAAACACUGAUGCCCCUAUUGUGUUGGAUCAGUGCUACUUUAACGUCGACGCCGACACUUGUGCCAAAUACCCAUCAUCAGUCAACUUCACCAACAUCAACUUUGAGAACAUCCAUGGCACUUCAUCGGGCAAGAAUGGCAAAGUUAUUGGUGAUCUGACUUGUUCUCCCAAUGCUGUGUGCUCGGGUAUCCAACUCUCUGAGAUCGAUGUUACUAGCCCAGCUGGCGGUCCUCCUGUCGUUAUCUGUGAUGGAAUCUCUGGUGAUAUUGGUGUGGAAUGCCAAUCGAGCUCGGCUUAG